UCCAAAGUCAACUAACCAGAUUUAGCCAUGUUGACAAUACCCUUUAUAGAGGACAGCACCAAAACAUGCAAAACAAUGCAGAAUAAUAUGGCAUACAUAAUAAUUGAAGCACCUGUAGCAAUCAUAGGCUGGAAAUAAUGAAUGCAAGCUUUGUACAGCAGCAACGAUAUCUGUGUAAUAAAGCAAGUUUAAUUGUCUCUUGACAAGAGUUUAUAAACAUGCUUGAAUAAAGGUAAAAAGAUCUAGUUUCCAAGGUCGGACAUAACUUUCGGCCGCUACUGUGUAUAAAUCAGUUCAAUGUUUUAUAUAUGGCUGUUGAGUACUUUGUUUAGUGAUCCUGAAUUACUGUUGUGGCUGUAAGUUUAUGUGGAUCAGGAGCAAACUUAUAAUGAACUGUUAAAAUGUGCAGAAAUUUCAUUAAUAGAUCAAACAUUGCAAUCAUUGGCAAAUUGCUGUGAUAUAACUCAUGUUACACAACAGUAGGUCUGGUCAACUAAUUAGAUUAGCAGUGCAACUUUUCACAGUUUCACUCUAUUCACUAUGUUCACUAUGUAAAAUUCUAAUUCUAGCUAAAGUUUUUAAAUAGAAAAUGUUUAUAGGUAAUAUCCGGAUAUAUCAGUGACAUCAUGAGCAGUCAUGGGAAAUGAAGAAGCAAAGCCAAUUUUACAACAAGCACCUUUUAAUGAAAAUGUACAAAGCAAUGUGUUUGUCAGGGAGUCUGUGUUGGCACCACACAAUAUAUUCUCCAUCUGUGACUUCUUUGGGAUAUAGUUGCAGUAUUGGAGACAAAAUAAAUGAAAGAUUUGAUUAUAUUAUUCCUGGCAUAUAAUCAGUAGUAAUGUCUUGUUUACAAAUCAGCCGAAUCACAGCUGUAGCAGUGUUCAGAAUAACCUACUCUUGCACAUGCAGUAUUGCAUGAAUGUAACUUGUUUAAAUUAUGAAAUUGAUUUGUUCGUAUUAAAGUCAGUAUAAUGUCAGUUUUGUGAACCUUAAUAUAAAGUGCUGAGUUUUGCCCAUAAUACCGUUGUCCACCACUGAAAGGGUCUACAAUGGGCAUGUGAGCAUCAGAACUCCAGGUAUAAAGAAUCAAGUUUUCUUUUAUAUUUACAACAUUUGACACACACCCUUAUCCAGGGUGAGUUACAUUUCUCUCAUUUAUACAGAUGAGCUAUAGAGGGCCUUGCUUAGGGGUGGCAGCUUGGUAGUCCUUGGAUUCAAGCUCACAAACUUCCAAACAGAAGGCCAACACCUUAUAUGCUGAGCCACCACUGCCCCCAGCUUGUUCAAUAGGUUUCAUCUUCUGGCGUCAUUCUUUUUUAGUAUUUAUUCUAUUGUAAUAUACCACACCCAAUAAGUGUAUGACACAUUGGGAAGAGUGACAUGUCCCUCUUAACCCUAAUCAUGUGUUCUCUUUCAUAAGUAAAUAUAACACGUCCAAAAUUCAUUCUCAGCAAAAGAUCCGGCUUUGAAAGCAAAUUAAAGAGAUUUGCUUUUGUUAUAAAUAUUCUGUAUAGGAGAGAGAAUGUAACCUCAACAUUCUGCAUGAAAUGCACAGCGUUAUGUGAUGCUGUGCAAUGACGUUAUCUCGAUACUCUCGAGUCACACUGUGCGUCUUUUGGUCGAAGGGUUGGGCUGAAUAAAAACUCACCUUUUAAAGGCGGAGUAAAUUUCCCCAUUUACAUACUGUACCAGCAACACAGCGGUUUUCAGCUUCAAACUAUACUGAGUUCUUGGACAACUCGACCCACCUGGACUUAAACAGGAAAUGGAUACCCAUGUAAAACGAGGAGAGGUUCACUUACAACACCAAAAAUAUUCUGAGAAAUGGAAACGGUACUGGCUAAACCUUUACCCAAACAGCCGGAAUGGUGUGGCUCGACUGGAGCUCACAGAAACAGGCCCGGAACGAUCGCCGGUUAUUGUCCGGAAGCAGCCAGACCGCAAGAUUAUAAGGCUAGCUGACUGUAUUAGUGUUGUUCGACUCCCCCCACAUGCAGAGGCCCUGCCUGGGGACAAUAUGGCGGCCUUUUGUGUAGAUACAGAUGAAAAGAGGCUGGUGUUUGCUGUAGAGAAAGAGGGCUGUGGAGAGUGGAUGGAAAAGAUCUGUGAAAUUGCCUUUCAGAAGAACAGUAAUAACAUGCCACAGCCCAUGCUACAGAUGGAAGAGAAUGAAAUCUAUGCUUCUAGAGAAGAAGUGUUUGAUUUUCCGGUGACUGUACAGCCGUCUGAGGCAUCGGUGCGCUGUAGUCUGCUGGGAGCAUAUUGGUUACAGGUUGGUGAGGACAUGCUCAUCCUAAAGGACACUGACAGCAAGCAGAGAGUGAUGGCAUGGCCCUACAAGCUACUGCGCCGCUAUGGGCGAGACAAGAUCACUUUCUCGAUUGAGGCAGGCAGACGCUGUGAUUCUGGCCCUGGUGCCUUUAUAUUUGACACCAAGCAAGGUGAGGAGAUACUGAGUUUCAUGGACCUGGCCAUCCAGCAGCAGAAGAGUCUGGCUGUCACUGGAGGUAGCUCCGGUGUCCUCUCACCUUGCUCCUCAUUGCCUAAGCGACCAGGCAGUGGCAACCAGCUAGACAUUCAAAACAACACCUAUUCUGACUUUGGCUCUAGUCCUGUGCACUCAAGUUCUGUAUGUCCAAUAGGAUCAGCUGAAUCAGAGUGCAUCAAACUUGUUACUGGUUCUUUCCAAACAACACAGAGGCAACCCGGUGAAUCUAUUUCUGUGCCUGAAAUUGUGUAUUCAAAUCCUGUUGAUGCUGUUGGGUUAGACAAGUGUAUGCACACACAAUCAGUCAGGUCACUGAUUGAGAAAAACAGUAAUCUUGCUUGUUGCUAUACUGAGAACUUAGAACCAGUGUAUUCAGAUCCUCUUGAUGUUAUCCAGCAUACAAUUAGUCCCCAAAAAUAUGUCCCUGCUAAUCUAACAAAAUCAACAGAAACACUUCAUAAUGUCAAUGACAGUGAGUCAGAGCCAGUGUAUGCAGAGAUAUGUAAUGUCACACCAUACCCAUUGCAGAAAAAGGGAAAUGUGGUUCAGAACGAGGAAGAACGUAUCUACAGUUUACCAGUGGUCUCUGCAGUUCACAAAGCACAGGAGGGCAUUCCUACCAACGAUGCAAACAACGGUAAGCAGAACAUGCAAAGGAACAUUACGGAGGAAGUCAUCUACAGUCAAGUCAACAAACCAAAGAAAUCCACAAAGCCUCAUGACAAGUGCACCAUUUACAAAGCAAAAGAGAUAAUGUCGGAAGACCUUGGACUGAUUUAAAUAUAAGUUCCAUUAUUUCUGCACUUAAAGUGGAAUGUUUAUCAUACAAAUCAGUGUAUACAUUGUUAAUAUAAUUUAUAUUUAUUAAAAUAAGAGAAUUAUGUCUCAGUUCUUUUUAUAUAUUUGUAUUUUCUGACUCUUUGCUGCUGUAACAGUGAAAUUUCCCCAUUGUGGGACGAAUAAAGUGUCAUUAGUGUAUAAACAUGUA